AUGAGUCCUCGUCGCUCUUCCCGAGCUCGUACCACCCAGCCCUCGCCUGCCCUGCACCACACCAAUUCCAGCAGCUCUGGAAAUUCACACAACCGGGGAGAGCGCAACACUCGUUCCAAUAACAAGCAUGCAUCUCCUCAAAGAUCGUCGACGCACCGUUCUCAGUCUCUUGACGACUCGGACGGCAAACCCGACCUGCCACAGACGCGCCAGCGCCAUCGUGCCCAAGACGACGAUAAUGACGACCUUUCCCAAGCGAAUGACGACGAAGGUGAUGAAGAGGAAAAUGAUGAUGAAGAAAUAACCAGGUGUCUAUGCGGACAGCAAGAGUACCCAGGCUUACCUCCAUCCCGGCGCAGCGCCACUGGUCGGCACCGUCAGCAGGCAGGAGGCAAGGACAAUACUUUGGCAAAAGAUGAAGCCGAUCCUCUUAGCGACGAUAUUGGAAGCAUGUUUAUCCAAUGCGACUCAUGCAAGGUGUGGCAGCAUGGUGGCUGUGUUGGUAUCAUGGACGAAGCUAUGAGCCCAGAUGAAUACUUUUGUGAAGAGUGCCGGAAAGACCUGCACAAGAUCACUGCUGAGUCGAAUGGACAGCAUUCUUCCCAGUACUUGCCAGUUGCCCCUGUGUUCAGUCCUGAUUCUUCUUCGCGAGAAUCUUCCAGCGACAUUGCGCGGCGCUCACGCGACUCGAGAUCACGACAGGCUGAAAACCCCAAGCGCCGCUCCACGAUGAACAGUCGAGAUGCUGCGUACGAUGAGGAGGAGCUGCUCAGACGGGCUAUAGAAGAAAGCAAGGAAGAUAGUAGAAUGAGCAAUGACGAGACCAGCUCACGGAGAACGAAAAGAAGUCGGAGCGAUGAUGAGGUUAACAAGCAAGCCGUCAAACGCCCCCGAACAGGCUCUCCAUCUCCGCCGGCCGUGUCUAAGCAGAGUAUUCCUCCCUCACAACCUGUUUCAGAAGACGAAGCAAAGCCGAAAACCAACGGAGUGAAUAGAGCUAAGCGGGGUGCUUCUGGGCGCGGUCAAAAGGAGAAAGAAGUCAAGGAGCCAGAGGAGCAACAAGAAGAGGAAGAAACAGAACAACCAGGACCUAUUCCACGGAGGAAAUCACGCUCAGAGAAGAAGCGAGAAGAGGAAUCCGAUCAUGAGGCUGAGGCAUCACCAUCAAAACCCUCUGCGCUUGCACCCACACCGAGCGAACCUGAGCCUUUGGAACCAACUCCGGAAACCCCAGUGCUCGCUGCAGAGCCUGCACCCCCGCCGCCUCCCCCUCGUCAGUCAACACGAAAAUCGGGCCGCCCUCCAGCUCGACGUGGUGGGCGGCUGGGCCGUAAUCAAUAUACAAGGGACCGAGACCUCAAUGGGGACGCUGUCAAUUCUCCAAAUUCGCCGCAUGGUAGCCAUUUCCGGGACAAUGGGCGAGAUUCACCUAGCGUCGGUGGACCCAACGGGUUGGCCAAUGGAGCUGACGGCAAAGGCGGGAAAGGCCGUCACUUAAAUCCACAUCGUACGUCGAUGAAUGAAAUGAAACGACGAGUGGCAGCUAUUCUGGAUUUUAUAUCGCGCAUGCAAGUUGAGAUGGCCGCCAGCGGAGAGACAGUAACUCCACCAGACAAUAAUACUACAAAUAGCAACCGGACACCAUUAGUCAAAGGCGUUCAGGAUCAAUUGAGUUCAUUGCUCACAUCGACAAACAGCGAAGGUGUAUCGGUAGCCAGUUCAGCAGGAUCGGCCGCAGAUGAUACAUCGAAGGAGAAAGAGAAGGACUUCAAAGACCUCACCAGCAUCGAAAUGAUGGAUGUUCUCACUCGACAUCUACUCAAAUGGCAACAAGAGUAUGGCAAAUACGGCGAGAAAUAGUACAUUCUCUGUAGUGAAUGACUAUGAUCUCGU